AGUAACCGACUAGUGAAUAUUCGUGAGGAUUUUUUUUCCUUCAAUUUAUUUUUUUAUUGAAGCAGUGCAAAAAGGAAUGAAAAGGAUUGCAAAUUAAAUUAAAAAUAAAUCGAAUAAAGCAUCUUAAGUCCAAGAGACAAUAAAAAAAUUAAUAUUACUUAACAAUUUUUUUUUUUGGAAAUUGCAUAAAAAAAAUUUUUAAGACAAUAUAAAGGAAAUAAAAUAAAUAAAAGAGCUGAUAGUGUGAGACACAUCGUGAAAAUGAUGAAUAUCGCUAACAUAGUAAGUGCUACAUGGUACGAUCUAAUGGAAAACAAAGCAGAUCCAAGAACAACAGACUGGUUCCUUAUGUCAUCGCCAUUACCAACUGUGAUAAUCUGCUUAACAUAUGUCUACAUAGUCAAGUAUUUAGGUCCCUCGCUGAUGAACAAUAGGAAGCCAUUUGAGUUAAGAAAGCUUAUUGUAUUUUAUAAUUUCCUGCAAGUGCUGCUGAGUGCAUGGCUGUUUUGGGGUCUUGGUAUGUCAGGAUGGUUCACAAAUUACAGUUAUCGAUGUCAGCCUGUGGACAAAGGCUACAGUGCUCAGGCUUUAAAAAUGGCAUACUUCAGUUGGUGGUAUUAUUUUAGUAAAUUUACUGAAUUCUUCGAUACAUUCUUCUUUGUGCUGAGGAAACGUUAUGAUCAAGUGUCAACACUUCAUGUCAUUCAUCAUGGAAUUAUGCCAUUCAGUGUUUGGUGGGGUGUGAAAUUUAUGCCCGGUGGUCAUAGCACAUUCUUCGGACUCUUAAACACAUUCGUACACAUUAUCAUGUACACAUAUUAUAUGCUCGCUGCAAUGGGACCACAAGUUCAGAAAUAUCUGUGGUGGAAAAAAUACUUGACUAUGCUUCAAAUGGUGCAAUUUGUUGGAAUAUUUAGUCAUUGUUUCCAAUUGAUCUUCCACAAUCCAUGCAAUUUCUCGUACAUUUUCGUAUGGUGGAUUGGAGGUCAUGGUGUUCUCUUCCUAUUCUUAUUCUCAAACUUCUAUAAACACACAUAUAAAUCAUCUAGAAAAGAGAAUACGACAAAAGUAUUAGUUGAUGAUAAUGACAACGUUAUAGAAUGGAAUAAGACUUUUGAGAAGAAAAAGGAUUCAAUAACACAGAUGAACAAAGCAUUGGCCAAACAUCUUUGAGACUAAUUUGUAGUAAAAUUAAUUUUAAAAAGAUUCUUUGCCAAUAAUUAUGAGAAAAAAACCAUUUUACAUAUCAAUCACAAAUGGCAGCAUUUAGUUCUUUAGUCAACUAAAAGGUCUUAUGGUUUUAAUAUUAAAAACAAAUCUUAUUUAAGUAAAUUUGUAAUAAAAAAUUCUUUUAUUAAGCUGUAAAA